GUCGAAUUCGUCGAAUUGUUACGGUAUGGCUGAUUCGGGCCUAAGUUUAGAUGAUAUAAUUAAAAAAUCGAAAUCACCAGGGAUGAGAAGCAAAGGUGGAGGCGUUCGAAGGAGGAUUAAUAGGGGUGCACGUGCAAAUGGUUCUGUGAGAGGACGUGGUUCACAAGUAAUUACAGAUGCACGGUUUAAAAUUAUACAAAAGAAUCGGGAGAAGCUGACAGAUGCAAGAGACAAAUUAGCAGAAAUUGCCAAACAAAGUGAUGCGAGAUUAAAGUUAGAUAAAAUUCGUGCGUCUCAGUUGCAAAAGGUAGAUGUUCAAUUGCCUGGAAUUUCUCGAAAAACGGGUCGCAAUGGAAGAUUGUCAUUAUCAACUAAUAAAAUGCCUCCAAUUAUGCCACACUCUAUACCACCAAAUAUUCCAAACAAUUAUAUGCCACCACCAACAAGAGCAGUCGGUUAUAGGCCACCUCCACUUGCGGAACCUCAUUAUAUUGGAGACAUGAGUAUGGAUUACAAUGAUGACUAUUUAAUGGAAGCAGCACCUUUAAGAAGAACUGUAAACAAUGAAUAUGCUCCUACACCACCUCCUCCACCUCCUGUGUUCAAUAUUAAGCCUGCAUCUCCAUAUACAUGGGUAAAACCAACAAGCAGUAAUAUAACAAGAAUUGUACCUUCGCGGAAGCCUGAUGUUGAUAGGGAGCGAGAUAGAGUGAGAGACUAUAAAGUUAUUGCACGUUCAUCAAUGGCAAAAGCUGCCUCUCCUACAUACAAGGAAGACUGGAGUUUUGGCACAAAAUCACGUACUAUAUUGGCGGAAGAUCCAAUGGAGCCAAAGUAUUAUGAUUCAAGAAGUCACAGAGAUAUGGGUGUAAAGUCAAGAUUAGAUUCAAUUCCAACUAAAUCACGAACUAUGGGCGUUUUAUCCAGACCCAAACCGACUUCUAGUUCGCCGUCACAGUCAAGUGGUUACAGAAUUGUAGUGUCAAAUUUACAAGCAAACGUCACACAGGAAGAUAUCAAGGAAUUAUUCGAAGAUGUAGGAGAAUUAUUAGUAUCCAGAUUAGUACGACCAGGCACUGCAGAAGUAAUUUAUAAAACCUUAAAGGAUGCUACAAAAGCUGUCGAAACUUAUCAUAAUAGACAAUUGGAUGGUCAUCCAAUGAAAUGUCUCCUUGUUAAUCCACGACCAAAAAAUAAUCCAACAGGACCUGCUGUUAGGUCUAUCACAGAAUCCAGGAGGAGCGUUAGUUCAAGUUACGUACAACCGAGUUUAGGAGCAGUGCAUCGUGCAUUGUUCGAUGAUUCUUAAUCAAAUAUAUCAGUCUUAAUUCAAAAAUGCCAUGUUUAAUGGCAAUGAUUUUUAUUCCAAAUAUUUUUAAAAGGAAAUAAAAACGGGAAAUAGGGAGAUGGAAUCAAGUGUAUAACAAAAACGUAAUGUAUAGAGAAUGGAAUUAUUCUCGGUGGAAUUUCUAAUAACCGAACAUCACUUAUUUUAUCUUUCAUUUGUAUAAAAUAUAAUACGCUUCGGCAAAUAAACUGAAUAAACACGAUAGUGAAUGAAUUUAAAC